AUGGAAAGGCCUGAAUGGAGGCUUGCCCCAUCACCAUUCUGCGCGCUCGCCGAUCGUGAGGAAACCACCGCAACCUUGACAGCUACUUCGGCUGCUUCUACAUCCUCCGACUUUCUUGCAGAGUCCGUCUACCACAACGUCAAAAACACGUUCCAACAGAACCUGAUGUCUCAGAUGGCGUUCGUGGUUGACAAGAUGACCCCGCGAAAUGCGGCAGCAAGUCUCGUCACGUUGUGCGGCAAGACCUGUGCAUAUGCCUUCUGCUUUUGUCCUGGGGUCGCCGACAUUCUGGUACGACUUUGGAGUCCACCUUUAGAGAUGAUGAAGCGUGUCCUGGCCGAAGCAGGUCUCUCGAGGCUGGACAAGAUAGACAGCAUCUCCGCUCGCGUUGCGGCCGCCUUCCCACCCAACCUUCAUUCUCUCAAGUUCCAGUCCUUGGCCAAGAUGGUUCGCGUACUUCGCAAUCCACCAACCGCAACGCCACCACUGCAGAUUGCCAACCUCGAUUGGUACGGGCUUUGGACAAAGCGCUGGUCAGGAGCCGAAAGCGAUCUGUUCUACGUCUUCGUCAAGCACUACCAUAUCCUUGCGACUGGUUUCUUGCCCACAGCACCAACUGCGCAGGAGCGUAUUUGCGCACCAGGACUACUCAUGGUACACGCGCAAAUCCUUGUCAAUAUGGACGCAACGAUAAACAGACACGCUUUGCCGCAACAAACAGAGGAAAACGGAGGAGCGCAACCCAUUACUUUCGACGAUGUUCUGAGCGACCCUGACACUUCAGCGUCAACCAUUUCCAUCCCACCUGCGAAUGCUACUCGGCAGAUGCAGGAGAAUCGAUUGAUCAUGCUCAUACGCGACUUCCUUUCUGAGAGCAACUCCCACAUUCACAUCGCUCGACGCAUGUUUGCGGAUAGCUUCGUAAGCUUACUGCAGGCACAAGCACGAAAGAUCUCUGUGUACGACAGUAAUGCCUGUUACACUUUGUGCGACUUCUUAGAAGAAGCCUUUGCAAUCUUGGUCCGUUACGAGCAACACAACGUCGAGCAUCAUGUCAUCAUACAUUGGCCAUUCUGGUUGACAGUAUGUAGAGAGAUGACAGCAAGCGAGAACACAGCUACAGAAAUCAAGCUGUACUCCUUCCUGUACAGUAUUUGGUCUACUCUGACCCUGGACGAGCAACGCAAGAGGAGCUUGUGCCUCGAUUUUCUUUUGGAGCCAGCUUUCUUUGAGAGCAGGUUCAACCAUUGGUGCCCAAUGGUACGCUCGUACUAUAUGCGCUUGAUAUGCUGGAGGGUUGCUCGAUAUGAUGGCGAGUCUUCUGAAGUUGAAGUGGAGAUCAAGACGGCACUCAGCGAUCGCCUUCGCUCCGUGUGGUCACACUAUCUUUGGCUUGCUGAAGACGCUGAACGACUGCAACUUGCUUUUCCCUCGACACAGGCUUGCAACCCAGCCCCAGGUCGACGUUUCCUUAUUAUACGUAAUGAUAAUCCCAUCGCCGCCAGCAAUGGCCCCUUCUUAACAUUCGACGGCGUCGUACAAAACCCCCAUCAGCGGAAGCCGUCCGCUUCCACUCCAGUUCCGGAACCCAUGGUGCAAAAGGUUGCCGCACUGGCGACGGACUCAACAGACUUCCCAGACGAAGAGCCCACAAAAGGCAAAUGGGGCAUGUUCAAGAGCCUCAUGGGUGGCUCGUCGAAGCCUUCCAAGUCCAAAGCAAAUGCGCAGGCUGCUAAGGAUAAGGAGAACACAAAGACGCCAACGCCUCCCCAGAGUUCCCUCGAAAAAAUCUCCAUGGAGAAACCGGCGCCUACACCUACGCCAUCACCGCCUCCAGCGCACCGCUCCUACAGUUUCCGCUUCUCCCUCGAAUGGGUCGACAAGCGGUUCGGUACCUACCAAAAUAUGCGACUUCAGCCACCACGACUGCCACUUCCGGCACAGAUCUUGCUUCAGCAGAAGGGCAUACAUAACGACGCAGUCGGGAGCGUUCAGCCUACGGGCAAAGCUGUGACUUCUAGUCGUUACGCUGGUCGCGCCCUUGCAGAGUGGACAUUCGUCUCGCACGAAUGUCAGAACUUCUUCGACCGGAGAAAGAAUGAGGGUGUACCGACGAACAAGCAAGUCGAGACACCAACGCUUUGUGUCGAAGCCUUCAGGCGACCAGGUUAG